UCAUCUCAAGAGAAGAAUUAUGGAUAAUAUCUAGACUCAGUACUGGUGUAAGUGGAGGAUGUACUGCAGAAAUAGUGUCAGCAAUAGUUUUGUUGACUACAUUGUUGUGAAUAUACCCUGAAUAUCAGUUACAUCUACGACCCUCAACAACCAGUGAACAUAAGUUCACUUAUUAUAAUACUGUACUUAUAUUAAUAUAGUACUGUACAUGUAUUAUUAACAUCUUUUACACUAAAAUUUAUUACUGUUUAAAAGUUUCUUAGCUUAUUAUAUAAAUAUUUGGUUAGUGUCUUUAUAAGACACAAGUAUAGUCUUAAUGAAGUGUGUAGAUUUUCUUUGUAAUAUUUUUUAUAUUCUAAAAAAUAAGUUAUAUUUUUAACAGUAAAGCAGAAUAAAAAUUUUAGUACAUAAGACUAUAAGCUUUAGUAAUUGCAUUAAUUGACUGUUUGAAGAAUAUUGUAAUGCAUUGUUUCUGUUAUUUUCUUUACUUUAAGUAAUGACAGGAUAUUGUAAUGUAUCAUUUAUAUUACCCUCUCUUCUUCAGAUAUUUUAUCAUAUCACAUUCCUUCCAUUUUUCACAUAAUUGAUAGAUGCCUUUAUUAACUUACUGAUGCUAUACAAAAUAUUUUUUAUUAAUCUUAUAUUUUCCUGCUUAUAUUUCACUUAUACAUUUUAAUUUCAUUAUUUAACUAUGUUUGUCUGACUCAGAAGUGUUCUCUUGAUAAUGUAUACAUUCAUAUUAAUCCUGUGUGCUGUUGUUAAUGUUAACACUCGUGUUAAUACUGUGUGCUGUUGUUAAUGUUAACACUCAUGUUAAUGCUGUGUGCUGUUGUUAAUGUUAACACUCAUGUUGAUACUGUGUGCUGUUGUUACUGUUAACACUCAUGUUAAUGUUGUGUGCUGUUAUUAAUGUUAACACUCAUGUUAAUGCUGUGUGCUGUUGUUACUGUUAACACUCAUGUUAAUGCUGUGUGCUGUUAUUAAUGUUAACACUCAUGUUAAUGCUGUGUGCUGUUGUUAAUGUUAACACUCAUGUUUGAUGUGUGGCUGUUAUUAAUGUUAACACUCAUGUUAAUGCUGUGUGCUGUUAUUAAUGUUAACACUCAUGUUGAUGUUGUGUGCUGUUGUUAAUCAAACAAAAACUAACAAUUAACACUAUUACUUUCGAAUGAAAAUAUUCAUUACUUGAUUAUUUAUAUUGUUUAUAAGAAGUUGAAAAGUGAAUAAAUGCAGUUAAUAUUCUACUGCAGUGAAUUACUUACUGACAGGUACCACUUUAUUGCUCUUUACCAAGUGUAAGUUUACAUCAAGUCUUUGCACACUAAUUUCAAAAACUUUCUGGGCAAUAUAAGCUGGAAAUAUUUAAUGUAAAUUUAACAUUUAAAUAUCUUUUUUCCUAAACAUCAGAUAGUUUAUGCAGUAAAUUAAAGAUAAUAAUGAGAACUUUUAUAUGAUGAGUGUUUUUACAUUAUUUUUCUCAUAAAUAUUCCAUAUUUAAAAUUUUAAAAGACAUUUAAUAUAUAAGAAUUCAAUAAGCAGAGAAACAAUAUCAGAUAAAUAACAUGAUGCAGUGCAAUAAAGUUCCUCCAGGAAAAAACACACAUCAGUGUUCAGAGUGUUUACAAAACUUCAAACGAAAAUCAUAUCUAACACAGCACAUGAGAGUUCAUUUACAAGAAAAACCAUAUCGGUGUUCAGAGUGUUUAAAAAAAUUUUCACAUAACUCAAAUCUAAUACAACACUUGAGAGUACAUUUGCAUAAAAAACCAUUUCAUUGUUCAGAAUGUCAAAAACACUUUUCACAAAAAUCAUAUUUAAUACUACAUAUGAGAGUUCAUUCACAAGAAAAACCAUAUCAGUGUUCAGAGUGUUUAAAAGACUUUUCAUGUAAACAGAAUCUUAGGAAACACAUGAGAGUUCAUUCACAAGAAAAACCAUAUCAGUGUGCAGAGUGUCUAAAAAACUUUACAUAUAACUCAAAUCGAGUACAACACGUGAGAGUACAUUUGCAAAAAAAACCAUCUCAGUGUUCAGAAUGUUUAAAAAGCUUUUCCUAUAAAUCAAGCCUAAUACGACACAUGAGAAUUCAUUCACAAGAAAAACCAUAUCAGUGUGAAGAGUGUCUAAAAGACUUUUCACAAAAAUCAGAUCUAAUAAGACACAUGAGAGUUCAUUCACAAGAAAAACCAUAUCAGUGUGCAGAGUGUCUAAAAGACUUUUCACAAAAAUCACAUCUAGUACAACACAUGAGUGUCCAUUCACAAGAAAAACCAUAUCAGUGUUCAGAAUGUUUAAAAAGCUUUUCUGAUAAAUCAAACCUAAUGCGACACAUAAGAAUUCACUCACAAGAAAAACUAUAUCAGUGUUCAGAGUGUUUAAAAAACUUCUCAUGUAAACAAUAUAUUGUGAAACACAUGAGAGUUCAUUUACAAGAAAAGCCAUAUCAGUGUUCAGAGUGUCAAGAAGCCUUUUCACAUAAAUCAAAACUAAGACACCAUAUGAGUGUCCAUUCGCAAGAAAAACCGUAUCAGUGUUCAGAGUGUCUAAAACGCUUUUCAAAAAAAUCACUUCUAAUGCAACACAUGAGAGUUCAUACCCAAGAAAAACCAUAUCAAUGUUCAGAGUGUCAAAAAGACUUUAGACGUAGAUCACAUCUAAUACGACACAUGAAUGUUGUUCAUUCAAGAGGAAAACAAUAUCAGUGUUCAGAUUACUAAAAAGACUUUUCACAAAAUUCACAGACAUCACAAUAGAUAUCAGGGGCCCAAGACUGUUCAACUGCCUCCCAGCAUACAUAAGG